AGUGUGGCUUUUUGUCUGGAUCCCCAAGAGGAUGUGUUCCCUAGCGCUCUUCCCACCCCCUCCGCCUCCAGGAGACAUCACACUUUAUGAAUUUAAUAAUGCCCUGGUUUCUGGCCGCAGCUAUGAGAAGCUUCCACUUUCUUUCCAAGGACAGCUAGAAGACUUGCCUGUCCUGACCAUCCCCAAAGAAACUCUGAAAGCUCACAGUCGACAGGAACACAGCACUAAGCCUGCCUUCAUCCAUCACCGUGAGUCACUAUGGAAGAGGUGCAUCAAUGCCUGGCGUGACAUCGGAAUUGCUGGAGUGCUUGAAGAGCUUGCCUAUGCAGAGGAGGAGAGUGACUUGGAGCAGGAGAUGGAUGAGCUGCCUUGGACAGAUUCUGCAAAGGAACUAGCUCUCCGAUGGAUGAAAGCAGGAUCCCGCUACACAUUAGCACUCUGCUGUUGGGUCUCCUCUCUCCAUGGCUCCUUCUUUCCCCAUUUGUCGCUGCAAAGUGAAGACAUGAUAGCACAGUUCUCCCAGGCUGUGGAUUGGGCAGGCUGCUCAAUCCGAGCUUUCGCCUGGCAUCCUCACACCAGCAAGUUUGCUGUGGCCCUGCUGGAUGACUCCAUCCGUGUUUACAACGCAAACAGCGCCACCAUCCCGAUCCUAAAGCAUCGCUUGCAGAGGAACGUGGCAUCAGUGGCAUGGAAGCCGCUGUGCGCAUCUAUCCUUGCCGUGGCAUGCCACAGCUGUGUUCUGGUUUGGCAUCUGGACCCCACUUCGCUUUCCACCAGGCCUUCAUCUGGCUGUGCCCAGGUACUCAGCCACCCUGGUCACAGCCCCGUCACCAGCCUGGCCUGGGCACCCAGUGGAGGGUUGCUCCUCUCAGCCUCACCUGUUGAUACUGCCAUGCUUGUGUGGGAUGUAUCAACAGAAAACUGCAUCCAGUUGCAGUGGUUUGGAGGAGGUGGGGUCACAUACCUGGCUUGGUCUCCCGACGGCAGCAAAGUAUUAGCAGCCACACCUUCAGCAGUCUUCAGGGUAUGGGAAGUUCAGAUGUGGACUUGUGAGAAAUGGCCAACUAUCAAAGGUCCUUGCCGGACUGGCUGUUGGAGUCCGGAUGGCAGCCGCUUGCUCUUCACGGUCCAGGGGGAAUCGGUGAUAUAUUCUUUGUCUUUCCUGGAAUAUAGCAGUGAACAGCAAGGGCAGGUUGGUGGGUCGAAAACAGCUUCCAUCGUGGCUGAUCUGUCGGAAACCACUUUUGAGACCCUGUAUGGAGAGGAGAGGAUUGGAGGGGAGGUUCUUUCCAUGGUCUGGGACCCAAGUGGCGAGAGGCUUGCAGUUGUCAUCAGGGGAAAUCGUGAUGCUCCCGACUGCAGGGUCAUCAUUGCCGUGUUUCGCACCCGCAACAGCCCUGUGUUUGAGCUCUUGCCGUGUGGUUUCUUACAGGGAGAAGAUGGCGCUCAGCCACAACUCGUUGCUUUCCACCCUUGCUUUAAGAAGGGAGCUCUUCUGACAGUGUGCUGGUCAACAGGAAAGGUCAGCCACAUCCCCUUCUUCUUUGUGGUUGCCCAGUUUCCGUCUUUCAGCCCUGGGCAGAGUCCCCUCAUGCCCUUGGGCAGUAGAAGCAGUACCCGGGAGCAGCCACUGUUUUCUGAACUCUAAGGGUCAACAUACUGGGCUUUCUCCCUGCCAGCAUGUGCACCUUCAGAACAUUGGAGAUACCUGACACACGGUGAAGGCUGCUUCUGCGCGAGUCCAACUUUGGAGAGCGCCGUCUUCUCUCUGUCAGUUGCAGUUGAGGCGUCUAUUAGUAGGCUAUCCACAAGCAGCCUUUGAAGCCAGAAGAACGUCUGCCAGAGAUGGACCACUUUGUAGUGUUCGCAUUUGAGACAGAAAAUAAAAAACAACAAAGGGUGAA